AGCAAUGAAUGGUUUCAGCUACCGUGGCAGAUAAACACGAGUUGUUUCUUUCACUACGAUGCCAAGCUUAAGGACACAUAUCGUUUUGAUAUGUGUACUCGCUGGUUAUUUUAUAACAGGCGAAUGCCGGAAUGUGAUAAAAGAAUCAUAUAGAAACAAUCCAGAUAAAAAAACACUUAACUCACGUUCGAGUCUUACCGUUUGGUUGAAUAAUCUUCUAACCGAAGGAAAACUCAAACGAAUAGGAAAACCAAAUGCAAUAAAGGCAUUAAUAUCAAAACUAAUAAAGAAAGAAAAAGGCAAUAAAAAACGGACCUCUAAACGCAAUCUGCGCAAUGGUAUAGAAGUUCAAGAUUUUUUACACAAGUUAAAUAACUUUAUUAAUCAAAAUACGCAUAAUGCGUACUACGAGAAACGCAAAGAUUGUAAUUUUGGCUUCGGUAGCCCUUCGAGAGCAUGCAAAAGACAUAAGUUCAGACGGAACGCAGUCAAAAAAUCGAAAAAAGCUCGAAUUAACAAAGAAAAACAAUUUAAUAACUACGCGCAACAUUUGGUUGUGGAAAGAGCGAAAUAUAAAUCUUCAUCAAGUUCAAGUGAAAUCGAGGCACCAUCUGAAAGACAAAAUUCUCGCUUUCGGAUCGUUGAUAAUAAACGUAAAAAGGUAAUAAAUAAAAGUUCCGAAUCUGAAUACCAAUCGAGAGAAGCAUAUUCAGAUGAAUCUGAUGAUAAAGCAAAUGAAUAUGAUGAAAAAUCAAAUGAAUCCGAUGAAAACCAAAAUGAAUCCGAUGAAAACCCAAAUGAAUCCGAUGAAAAACCAAAUGAAUCGAAUUUAGAUGAAGAUACAGAUGUUACCGUUGAAAACAAUGAACAGACGGGAAAAUCUGAUGAAAGUGAAAAUGAAAACUCAGAACGAGAAACAUCUGUAAAACAACCAGACGCUAAAUAUAUGUAUUUACAAGGUACUAGAUUGCAAAGACCUGAUUUCAGGACAGGACGAGGGUUUAAAAGUGCUAGAAAACAGGAUAGAUUGCCAUACUUUUUGCCGAAGCGUUAUAAGUGGGAUGACUCGAUGAUAUACAAUUUAGACACUUACUGGAAUGUUGGGAUUAACUCGUACGACUCAAUUAAGAAUUCUCGUACAUAAGUGAUAAACGAAAUAAAUACC